CAACUUUUGUAGAUAAGUAUAACACAUGCAUAGAGUCGUUGCAUUUAUCUUUUGCUUUGUCAUCUGUUAGAAACAAAUGUACUUUUUGCACACCAACACCUUUUAGAAAGCUGUUCAAUGUCGGUGAUAAACAGUCUGGUGCCAGCUCGUUUCCUAACUCUCAUCGCGCAUCUUGUGAUAGUAAUCAUCAUCUUCUGGUCCCGGGAGAACAGUGUCAGAGCCUGCCUACCACUGGACUACACUAAUGAAGAAUACAGGUCAGAGGACACACGCCUUGUUGUGGCGUUAUCGGUGACCCUGGGCCUGUUUGCUGUCGAGCUGGUUGGGUUCCUCUGUGGAGUCUCUAUGUUCAACAACAAUCAAGCUCUUCUAUCUAUUGGAUGUCAUGCAAGUGGGUCUGUGGCUUUGCUCUUCUUCUUGUUUGAGCAAUGGACCUGCAGCAUCUACUGGUGGAUCUUUGGCUUCUGUAGUGUGAUUCCAGCACUAUAUGAGAUGGCCCUUUUUGUUGUAGUGUUUGGAUUUAAGAGGAAGCCUCUUUGAGUGUCUCUGCCCUCUUGGUUCAGGCAAGCUGGAUAUUGUCCUUCUAUGACUGACGUACCAGAAUAUGCUGAAACCCGUGUAAUAUUCACUGGCACAAUAAAUUGGUGUUUUCUAU